GGGGACCGGGCAGAGCAGUGCUUGCCCCGCUUCGACGCCGCGUGCCAGAGCUACGCCGAGGGCAUGGCGCGGCUGCCCCGCAUGAAGCCCAGAGCCGGCACUGAGAUCAGAUUCACGGAGCUGCCGAAGCAGAUGUACCCCAAAGGUGCUACCCCAGAGGAGAUCACCAGGCACAGCAUGGACCUCAGCUACGCCCUGGAGGGGGUGAUUACCCAGCGGUAUGCCAGCCAGCCGCUGGAUCUGCUCGCUGAGUUGCAGUUUGCUUUCAUCUGCUUCCUGAUCGGGAACGUAUAUGAUGCAUUUGAGCACUGGAAGAGACUCUUAAACAUCCUCUGCCGAUCUGAAAGCGCCAUAGGGAAGUAUCAAGACCUUUACCUCAAUCUCAUUUCUGUCCUGUAUCACCAGCUCAGUGAAAUCCCAGCUGAUUUUUUUGUGGACAUUGUCUCUCAGGACAACUUUUUAACCAGCACCUUACAGGUGUUUUUUUCCUACACGUGCAGUGCUGCUGUUGAUGGGACCCUAAGGAAGAAGGCUGAAAAAUUCAAGGCUCACCUAACGAAGAAAUUUAAAUGGGACUUCGAGGCAGAGCCUGAUGACUGCGCUCCUGUAGUGGUAGAACUUCCUGAGGACGUGCAGCUGGACUAAGCAGAAUGCUCACUUGGAAACAAACAGCUUUUAAAAAUAACUCUUGCUCCACAUCUUCUCCAACCUUGCCAGCUUCCUAGAGUAUGUUCCUGAAGCCGACCACUCUCUCUGCUGUAGAAGCAGAUAUGGAAACCCAGGAGGAUUCCUCACGUUGUGAGCAGACCAGAAUUACCAGGGGAGUUUGGGUAUUGUCAAUGGCUGCUUGGGACACCUUGUUUUUUUCUCUAGCUCUUAGAAUCAUAGAAUGUGUUGGGUUGGAAGGGACCCCUAGAGGUCA